AUUGUGACAAUGCUUUGUUUAUUCAUAUAAUAGACAUCAGUGUGUAAACGGGACUAUUAUUUUGAUCUGAAGGUGUGACGUCAUAAAGUCGCGCCCCUUCAAGCCAUAACGCGCUCCCUGCGUCUGUUGUUAUUCGGCGGAAGAAAGGACAACGCAUCCAAACACAGGGAACCCCUCCCGCUGAAGCAACUGAGAUUCAUGUGACUCACAAUUAUAAAGAUGGCAUUUAUUAAAGAGGAGAUUGAAGACAAGAAGAUUGAAGAAACAUUCAGAGUCAAACAUGAAGAAACUGAGGAACAAACAGAGAUGGCGUUUAUUAAAGAGGAGAGUGAAGACAUAAAGAUUGAAGAAACAUUCAGUCUGAAGUAUGAAGAUAUUGAGGAACAAACAGACCUGAUGGCACUGAAAGAGGGGAGUCAAGAACUGAAUGAAAUGAAAGUGAAAGAUCAGAAUGAAGAACAUCAUGAUUUCAAAACUGAAGAAGAAUCGAUUAGUUGCUCACAGACUGAAAAGACUCUCUCACCAAAAACAGCUGAAAAAACACAAAACAUUGAUUCCCAUAUGAGAACUCAUACUGGAGAGAACUCUUUCACCUGCCAACAGUGUGGAGAAAUUUACAAUCAAAAAGAAAAUCUUGAAGUUCACAUGAAAAUUCACACUGAAAAUAAACAGUUGAUAUGCCCUCGGUGUGGAAAAUGUUUUGCGCGGAAAAAAAACCUUAGGACACACAUGAGAAUUCACACCGAAGUGAGACCUUACACCUGUGAUCAGUGUGGAAAGAGUUUUAUACUGAAAAGUCACCUUAAAGCCCACAUGAGUAUUCACACUGGAGAGAGACCUUAUACCUGCACUCAGUGUGGGAAGAGUUUCUCACGAAAUGGAGGACUUACGAUUCACAUGAGAGUUCACACUGAAAAAAAGCCAUUAAUAUGUUCUCAGUGUGGAAAAUGUUUUGCACAGAAAAGAACCCUUGAUGCCCACAUGAGAGUUCACACUGGAGAGAAACCUUUCACCUGCCCUCAAUGUGAAAAGAGUUUCAGGCUCAAAGAAAGUCUAAAGACUCACAUAAGAAGUCACACUGGAGAGAAGCCUUUCAUAUGUAGUCAGUGUGGAAAGAGUUUCAGAUAUAAAGAAAACCUUAACUAUCACAUCAGUAUUCACUCAAGGGAAAAGAGUUUUAAAUGUCAUCAGUGUGAAAGGAGUUUCACAGACACGAAUCACCUUCAGGAUCAUGUCAAAAUUCACAUAGGAGAAAAACCUUUCAUGUGUCAUCACUGUGGAAGGAAUUUCACAAAAGAAGGAAAACUCAAGACUCACAUAAGAGUUCACACUGGAGAGAAACCUUUCACGUGCGAACAGUGUGGAAAGAGUUUCAAAAUUAAAGAAUACCUUAAGAUACACAAGGUAGUUCACACUGGAGAGAAGCCUUACAAGUGUCCUCAGUGUGAGAAGAGAUUCACAUGUCCAAGCAGCAUGAAACGUCAUUUGAAAACCCACUCUGGGAAGCCAUUUUCCUCAGUGUGAUAAGAUGUUUUAAAAAAGUAGUCAUUUCUACAAUCAUCUGCACAUUCGUUUUGGAAGUCAUUCAAUUUCAUUCUGUGUAAUAACUUUUUUUUUUGUUUAGUAAAGGAGAUAGACAACCGUGUAUAGAUAAAAAUAAAAAUAAAUGUAUGUCAAGUAACUGAGCUGUUUACGUGUGAUGAUGUCUCAUCUUGACUUUAAUGGCUCAUUUCCACUGAGUUGUAUGGUACAGUUCAGUAGAGUAUGAUUCGGUACAGAUAACCCUGAUCGUACUUGCAUUUCCUCUGCCAGUAGUACCAACCCUCUACAUUGUGAGUAAAUCACUUGCAUAUGCGACUAAGUCUUCACUCUGGGCAACUAAAUGAUGUCUAAUAUUAGCCAAUGUCUAAUAAAUGUACACAUUUUACUCGCCAGUGUGUGAAUUGGAGGCUAUGAA